GCAAUUUUGGCAGUGCUCAAUUGGUCGGCCCCAUCUGCCCUGACCAACAAGACCCAGGAGCAGCAGGCGCUUGCCUUCACGCAGAUCCUUAGCCAGUCCAAGAGGAACUUUGGUGUUGUCAUGAGCCCCGUGUUCCAUUAUAAAGCUCAUCAGAAGCAUGUGCUUGAGCAUGUCCUCCUGACCUCUUUGAGUGGCCGGGGAGUUGACGUUGAUACGCAGGCCUCCCCGCUGUUCAAGGCUCGUGCAGAUUCUCGCGAUACUCGUCCGCUAGUUUACCCACUUCGCCUUGUGAGGUCGUGCUCCCUCCAGGUCCAUGUGAGCGUGGAUGAGCACGACAGCGAUGCUCAGGAUACUCAGCCCAACACCAAGCGAGCACGAAAGACCCUGUCGCCAUCUGCACUCUUCUGGAGCCAGACGCCUUUGGCAAGCAUGCUCCGGACAGAAGAGGCAGAACAGAUCCCAAACCAGAAGUUGAAGCAACCGGAGGAUCUGACAGAAUCCGCCUUGCCCAGCAGCACAGAUGAAACAUCCCAUGUGCGUGGUGGCAAACGUUUCGAACAGAUUGGGAUUGAUGCAGCAUCGAAAAUGCUGGAGUCACUCCUGGAAUCGAAUAAUCAGGUCCCUGACGAGAUGUCGGCAAUCGUCAUCUUGGAUCUCUCCGUGGGCGUUGGCGAUUUCUUUUAUGCUUGGUUGCGCCGGCAAAGUGCUGUCCGCUUCCCUCUACUUUUUGUCGGCGCAAACUCCAACGCGACUGAGGCUGAGUGGCUGCGGCAUGUGACUCUUGAAGAGGUGUCCAUGAAGCUCUCCAGCGGCGAGGUAACGUGCGCAGGCUACCAGGCCAAGCCCCAGGAACCGCCUUCGGAUCUUUUGCUCUCGCCCCCACCUUUGCCACAGUUGAAUCUGUGCACAGUGCAAGGCGGCGCUCUUGUGGUGCCACCGAGUCAAGUGAGUCUCUGGGGGACACAUGCGCAAUUUGGCCCUGAGUUUCAGAAGAAGGUCAAGGAGAUUGUUGACGAGUUCGGCGAGCCUCAGCCUGAGUCCUCCGGCGCAGCAGCAGCAGGCGCUGCAGAAGUUCCGGUGCAGCAGAACACUAGGCCGAAGCCACCGCCGCCGCCCAUGGAGAAGAUCAAUGUGUCGGAGCUCUCGGAUUCCAAGCUUGCGCAGGUGCCGGGUGAGUGGGUUGAAGAGAGAACUGGAGACUCUGUGUUGACUGUUCCGGCUGGCAGUGUCAUUGCAGGCUUCGGGCCUGGCACCUUCAAGCACAUUCCUCGCAGCACUGAUGGAAAACCGGGCAUGAAGCCUACUGAUGAGAACAUUGUCCUGUUUGUCCUUGACUCCUCGGAUUCCUAUGUGCUCUUCAGCGGCAGGUUGCUUACUGUAGGUGAGGCAGUUGCAACAGCCCAGACGAGCCGGGCCCAAACGGACGUGACCUACUUCACGAAGAAAACGUCUGAGGGUGGCAGUGGCUUCAAACUUGAGCGCAAACACGAGGUGUACUACAAGUGCACUCCGAAAGUGACCGGAUCGCAUGAUCCGACGAGUGGGUCUGACCCGUCCGGCAUUGACCUAAAAAAUGCUGGGAGCUUGGCCGCUGUAACAUCCUCAGUGGAUUUUCAGAAAGGCCACUGCUCAGUCAUGUGGAGUGUCAAAUGGGCUACGAAAGGCCUGAGACCCAUCAAGCCGCAGAUAGUUCUUUUGCAUUCCAUGGAGAUUCCUGGGCAGACAGCUGUGAAGCUGUGA